AUGCCGAGCGACUUUGAAAGCAUAAGGACGCGUCAAAUCGGUGAGAAACUUUCUAAAAACUUGGUUUUUCUGUUUUGAAAGGUGUAUUUCAGUGGCUCUCCGGUCGAUGAUCAACCUCAAUGAGCCUGUCACGAAUUCUGGCGUCAAAGAGGCGGUUUGUAAUUAUUUUGAGCUGAAGGUUUGUGUGAAAAGCAAUUUUUGAGGUAUGGAAAGUGUUGGUUUUGGACAAGCAGGGGCAGGAUAUCAUUUCGCCACUUUUGCCCAUUAAACAACUUCGCGAUUUGGGCGUCACAUUGCAUUUGUUCGUUUUUUAUUCUUGAAAUGAAAUGAAAUGUUAAUUUUCACUCACAGGCAGUUAUUAUAUUUAAAAAAAUGAGGCAGUUUUGAAAAAUUAAAUUUUUUUCCAGGUUUUGUCAAGGUUUUUUUUUAAAUCACAGGGUGUUUGGAAGUUUUAAGCGCUUUAUAUAUUUUUUUUUACUUCUUAGGUAUUUUUUAUUUAUUCAGAAAGAUUUUUUUGCUUAGUAGGUUUAGCUUUACGUUCAGUUUUUUCUGUCGAUAACAGUUUUUUUUAUAUUAUUUAAUUAAUACCCAUGAAAAAAAUACCGCAGGAUCUACCCUCAGAAAAAAGAAUUUCAUUUUUUUGGAACAUUUUUUUCAAUUCUAAAGUUUCUCUCUUUCAAUUUUAAUAUUGUAAGUAUGAUUUUUGAAGUUUUUUUGUAAGUUUAAGGUCCAUUUUCGUAUACUUCUCAGUAGAUUUUUCGAUUUUCUUUGAAAUAUGAUGGCUAUAAAUGAUUUUUAAACCUUUGAGAUGUAAUUUUAUGCCCCAUUCCUCAUUUUCCCAACAUUCCAGGUUGAUUGGGUCUCGACGCGAACCACUAACAGAUGUCCCAGCUGUUUAUUUUGUGGCCCCAACUGAUGAAAAUGUCGAUUUGCUCAGUGAUGACCUUAAGAAGGUAAUAAAUUUAAAGGAAAAUGAUAUCGAAAUCGUGAAAAUUCAGAAAAACUGUUCAUUUUUGAUCAAAAAAACUUAUUGAGGCGAAAAAAUUGAAGAUUUUGAGAGGUAAAUGUGACUAAAAUCGUAGUUUCAAAUUCAGAAACAGUACCUUUUUUUCAAUUCAGAAGAUAAAAUGAAAAAUUUUGUUUUUUCAUUGAGAAUAACCAUUAAAAGUUUAAAGGAAGCUUUUAAAAAUAUGUGCAGGAAUUUGAAAAAAAUCUGUUUUUUUCAGAGAAAAAAUUGUGCAUUUUAAGAAGGAACUAUGACUCAAAAAUUUAGUGACAACACUUUUUUUAAGUUCAGAGGAUAAAUCCGAAAAUUCCUGUUUGAAAAUGAUCAUAAAAUCAUAUCGAAUUUCGAAAAACGGGUUGAAAUUCCAGGCCAUGUACGACUCAUUCUACUGCAAUUUCAUUUCCCCGCUUUCUCGUCCAAGAUUGGAAUCUCUGGCUUCGGCGGCGGUUCAUGGCGGCGCCGUUUCUCAGGUUCAGAAGGUAAAAUGACAAUUUUAAUAGUUAUAUUUUCAAAAGAUAUCUUUACUCUGAUUUUCUUACGCCUUCGUACCGCUUGAAUUUUGAGUUGAUGAGACAAGGUCGUAUCCAGAUAUCAGUGAUAAUCAGUGGACUGGCUCUAGUGUCAUAUUCGUCCUUGUAUGUGACGGGACGACGGGGGAAUUUGGAACCCGGGUUUUCAUCCAUUAUUACUUCCUUAUUAGGCUACGUUUUUCACCCCCCCGACCCUUCCUCCCAAGUUUUCCUGAAUUAAACUUAAGGGUACCUCCCUGAAAAUGAAACUUGUAAUAUUUUGGCCGAAAAAUACCUCCUUGAAAACUGAUUUUAUUGCUGAUUUUCCAAAAUAUUUGUAAGCUAAGUUCUUUAAUUGCCCAACUAUGGCAAAAGGGCUAAGCUUUUGAAGCGGCUUAACUUGAAAAUCAGAUAUUUUCUCAGGAAUUUUUGUCCCGUUUUGCAAUCAGAAGGUCUUAAAGUAAACUUCAGCAGUUUCAUCAAAAUUGCAACCGGGGGGGGGAUUUCCUUAGCCGAACCCUUUGUAGCAGGGGGGGCUUAAAAACUCUCCCUAGAAUACUUUGGCUGGGUCGCGGGAUCGAUCUCGUGACACUUAGGACCGUAGUCAGGCACAAAACCUGUUGCGCUACGGUCUCCCUAAAUUUUUUUAAAUGAAUAAACCAUUCUCAGGUCGUCGAUCAGUACCUCAACUUCAUUUCCCUGGAAGACGAUUUAUUCGUUUUGCGACGGUACAACGAGAACAGCGCUCUUUCUUAUUAUUGUGAGGGAUUUUUCUUCAGAAAAUCUAAAAAAACUGCUUGGAUCCUCAUUUUUCAAUGUUUGCUGUUUCAGAAAUUCUAAAAACUAUCCUUUUUCGAUGUUUUGAUGCUUUAGAACCAUAGUUGAUCGAUUCCGACUGAUUAUUAUCGAUUAACUUCAAAAAAAUUUUUUUAUUUUUUUGAAGAUUUGAAGGUUUUGCGAAUUUUUUUGCAUGCUGGAGAAGCCAUUCGGUUUGGUCCCUUUUUUUCAAAGCGCCUUUUUUUUAAAUUAAAAAAAUUUUUCUGAAUUUUUUUAAGUGUCUCAAAUGCGUAGAUUCCUCGAUUUUUGGGUAGUUUGAAAGUUUUGAAAAACUAGUCAUAUAAGGAAUAAAACGUACUUUGAACCCGUUAACAAUUUUAAAAAGCCCAAAAAACCUUUGAAAUUUUGAAAAUUUGAAUAAAUAUAGCUGAUUCACGGCUGGCUUGAGCCAUCGCGAAAAGGGUCCCGCCACGAAAAGAGACGAGACAGUGCCCUAGUUGGUGGAGAGUGCAGACAGGCACGCCUUUUCGUGUCAAAAGUUAGCCGUGAAUUAUUUAUAGCUUUCAUUAAAAAAGCGACCGAAACGACCGAUUUUUCCAGCGUUCCGUGAAUUUGCUUUUUUUCAUUUAUUUGAUUCGUUAUAGAAUUGAAAAAAAAUCCAUAUCCUCUUAUAAAGAUCUUGAAAAACCGGAAACCUGACAUUUUUGUUCAGCAAUGAACGACCCAUCGACCUCCGACACGACAAUGACCGCCAUGUUGGAUUCGGUGGCCGACGGACUUUUCGCGGUUUGCGCCACCAUGGGAAUCGUCCCCAUCAUCCGUUGCCCAAAGGGAAAUGCGGCUGAGAUGGUGGCCAAGGUGGGAAUUUGAGCUUUUUCACAGUUGGUUUUUAAGAAAAAUAUGAAAAAAUUGAUUUUUAAAUCGGAAAAAUUCAGCUUUUUGAGAAAGAUAUUGAAGAAUGCUUCAAAAAAAUGUUUCCAAAUUUUGUAAAAAUCUCAGCUUUUAGUAUUGAUUUUUGAGAAAAAUGAUGAAAAAAUGGAUUUUAAAUUCGUAAAACUUCAGCUUUUUGAGAAAGAAAUUGAAGAAUGGCUAUGAAAAUGCUUCCGUAUAGUGUGAAAAUCACAACUUUUAGUAUUGAUUUUUUUGAGAAAAAAAUGAUGAAAAAAAUGGAUUUUUUUAAAUUCCAUAAUCGAGAAAAAAUUUCACCUUAUUGAGAAAGAUAUUGAAGAGUGGCUAUGAAAAAUGCUCCCUGUAUAUUGUGAAAAUCUCAGAUUUUUCAGAGUUGAUUUUUAAGAAAAAAACGAUGAAAAAAAUUGUUUUUUUCAAAUUUCUAAAUCGGCCCUAAAACGUGAAAAAUUUCAGCGUUCUGAGAAGUAUAUUGAAGAAUGGCUUAGAAAAAUGUUUCCAAAAAUUCAAUUUUCAAUAAGAUUUUUGAGAAAAAUUUUUAGUUUUGAAUUGGAAUUUUAGUUCAUUGGAACUGAAAUUCAUAUUAAAAAUCAGCUUCAAAGUUGUUUCGACGAUUCAAAAAAAGGAGAAUAAAAUUUUGAACCUGUUUGAAUUUCAAUUUUUUUGAAAAGUUAGUGAGAAGAACCUAUUGAAUUUCAUUCAAAAAAAGUUUGGAAAAAUUCUAGAUUUUUUUAUAGAAUUUUUUUAAAAAUCAAGCUUUAGGUUCAAUUAGGAACUCCAGAAGGGUCACUAUAGAGGCUAGGGAAGAGCUCGCUACAGUGGACUGAAUAGUGAUAAGUUAAGGAAUUUGGAGGGUCCCUGAAAUUCAGCGGGUUCCUAUACUAGAAGUUUAGAUUUUAACUCCAGAAGCCUCUAAAGCUUAAGUGGUUCCUAUAGGGCUUUUCAGAUUUUUUUCGAUUUUGGAAAACAUAGGGACCACUAGCAUGCUCCACUAGAGUGGCCAAUGAAAAAGGCUCUAAAUUGACCACUUUUGCAAACUUUAGUGCUUAGAUAUCAGGUUAGGCUAUUAAAAAAAAAUGUUUCUGAUGUAUUUUUCCAAACUCGACUGUACUGAGAAAACAGAUUUAUCCCAUCUUUUUUCAGAGACUCGACCAGAAGCUGAGGGAAAACUUGAGAGACGCCCGGAAUAAUCUCUUCACUCUGGAUGGAGUCCGAGUCGGAUAUUUGCAAGCUACUCGGCCGCUUUUGGUCAUUUCUGAUAGGUAAAAAUUGGAUUUUAGGUUAAUUUUUCUGAUGGAAAGAAGGUGGAAAAAUGAAAAAAGAUGCAUUUACUUGGUAGCUCCAGAAUGGUCAUUGUAUGGACAAACUUAGAGGCCCCUGAAGGCUCCCCUUUAGGGACCACUUCACCUCAUCCUAUAGGUACCCCUAAAGCUUACAAAAGUGGUCCCUAUAGGGGACAUGUUAUUUGGUUUUUUUUAUGAACUCUAUAAGAAGAAGCAAUUGCAGACGAAAAAGUCAAUAAAUCAGCGUUUUUUGAAUACAAAUCAAAGGGCCCUAUAGGGACCACUUGAGCUUUAGGGCUAAGGCCCUAAACCCCUCUAGGGACCAACAUCAUUCAUUCCAUAUAUGGGUACUUUUUCGGCUCCUAUUGGGGUCCAUAUAGAAACUGUUCUUUCCCUGACCUCGAUAGUGACCACUCUGGCAUUCCUAAUGAGGGAUAGCGAUAAAAUUUUUGACUAAUUUUGAAGCCAGGGCAUUUUUUUGUAAAUUUAAAAUUCUCUAUUUGGAAAAAAAUCAUUUUCAAAACAUCUACAAAGCUUUCAGUCUCUUUAAAAAGUUCGAAAGUCUUGGAAAAAUUAUGAAUUUCUCUUUUUCAAUUCUCGGAGUUUAGAGUUAUAGAAAGUUUAUUAAUUUUUCUUGGAUUAUCUUUAAAAAAAUAAUUUAUACAACUCACUUGCGUAGGCAAAGUCGGAAAGGGUGGAAAAAAGGCUGCAUAGAAAUGUUUCUUUUAGGGUGACAAAGGUUUCUUUUUUGCCGCCUUUUUGCGCCAUGUCAUCGGCUAUUAUGCACCAUUUUUGCUGCCUAUCCCUUUUUCCAUUAUUUCUUGAGUUUUUAAUAUUCCAGAAAAAAAAUGGAAGACUCAAUGAAGGGACUCUUUUUGCUGUCUUUUUUCGACCUUUUUGCUGCCUUUUUUCGACCUUUUUGCUGCCGCUCUGCGACCUUUUUUGAGCCUCACCUUUUAAGCGGCCAUUAUCCAACAUUCCGACUUAAUACUCAUUAUCUAAAAUUCUCUGUUUCAAAGUUUCCAUUCAGAUCAUCUGAUUUGGCAACGAUGCUCCAUCACACCUGGACAUAUCAGGCUUUGAUGCACGAUGUCUUGGUAAAUAAAUGAAAAGUAUAGAAAAAUCAUAUCAUUAUUUUAAUUUUCAAGGACCUCGAUCAAAAUCGCGUGACGAUUCUGAACGACUCGACGAAUAAGAAGAAGGAAUACGACAUGGGAACCGGGGGCACCGACAAAUUGUGGAAUAAUCACAAGGUUUUUGAAUUGAGCAUGUGAAAUAUUCCAAAACUCCAAAAGAUUUCUCCAAAAUGCUCUAUUUUUCCAGGGAAGCGCCUUCCCGGCAGUCGCCGAAGCGAUCCAAGAAGAUUUGGACGCCUACAGAAGCAGCGAGGAGGAGAUCAAACGGUUGAAACAUGCCAUGGUUCAUUUUUUUAGUCUUUAUAUUUUAGACAGAAACUGCAUCUCAAUUUUGACCGAAUUUGUAAUAAAUUUGAGAUCAAAAAUGGAUUGAGAAAUUCUUAUUUUUUUGUUCAAAAAAAGUGAUAAAAUAACGUUUUUCAGUUUUUUUCAGUUUGUUUCCGAGUAAUUAGAUUUUUUUAAAUUUUUCUGCUUUUUUUCUUCGAUUGGAAUCUCUUUUUCGGAGUAAUCAUAUAUCUAGAAAGAUCAAUAGUCUAAAUUUUCCAGGGAAUGGAAGGAAACGACGCCGAUGAGGCGAUGACGUCACUUUUGUCGGACACAACCGCAAAAUUGGGUUCUACCGUCACAAGUUUGCCGCAACUGCUCGAGGCCAAAAGGUGGGAGGAAAUAAUAGAGGACGCUAGAGAGCACUGACAAACAAGAGGGCGUUCAGAGAAAAAAAAUACCUCCCCAUCUCACUUCUGAACGCUCUCUGACUUUGAAGAUUUGAACGUAGAUUCAAAGUUUGACGAAAGCGUUAAGUAAAAUAAGUUUACGGUAGCUUUUAUUUAACUGUGCCGUUUUUUAUAUCGUAUCCCAGAUUUGAUCAAAAUUCGCUUCGAGACCCUUGUGCAUUUCUACAGUUUUGUAAAGCAAAAGAGUGAAAAGAUAACAGGUUACGGUAGCUUUUAUUCAGCUGUACUGUCCCGUUUUUUUUUCUGUUGCAAGAUACACCGUAUACCAGUUUGGAUCAAAGUUCUCUUCGAGACCCAUGUGAAUUUUUACAGUUUCUUCAAUAGGUUACGGUAGCUUUUAUUCAGCUGUAAUGUUUCUUUUUUCUGUCGCAAGAUAUACUGUAUACCGAAAUAGACUAAAUUUCGCUUCGAGACCAUUGUGCAAAAAAGAAAAAGCUUACGGUAGCUUUUAUUCGGCUGUGACUAUUACACUGAAACUCUGAAAAUUUUAAGGCUUAUUGACCUUCACACGAACGUGGCGAGCACGCUUCUGGAAAAGAUCAAGGCCCGGAAACUUGACGUCCUGUUCGAACUCGAACAGAAACUCCUCCAACACUCCCCUCUUGGUUUUAGAAAUAUUAAAGGGAGUAAAAUGAUAAUGACGUGUCUCUCAGACAUGCCCCUGAUGCAGUUGAUCAACGACUUUUCCAACAACGAGGACGUCUUGCGCGUCUUGCUCAUCAGCUUCUUGUGCCAGGAAACUGUCACCAAGGUGAAUUAGAAGAGGGGAAAAGGGUGGAUUUGGCUUGAUAGAAGGCUUUUUUUUUGAAGAUUUAAUAGAAUUUUUCCAGAGUUUACUGUAGGAGAAAACGUUUUCAUCAGGUUCUGUAUUAAGUCUUCUUCUACGACCUUUUAUCAUAAAAUUUCGUGGUAGUAAUGAGGAAGGCGGUUUUAAAUGACCAUCUGCGCUCCAAUGAUAAAUAUCCAUAAAUUUUGAUUUUUCAACGAUUUUCAUGGGAAUCAAGUUGUGUAGAGUUGAUGAGGAUAUAUAGUUGAAAAAACGGAAAAAUUAUCUUUUUUUUUCCAGGCCAGCCACGAGGAAAUGCUCAACUUCCUGCGCUCCAGAAACAUCGAAGAAUCGGCUCUACGAUUUGUGCAGAAGCUCAAGUUUCAAACUCCCCAUCCAACUUGUGAAAUUCGGACGGUUUGAAGGUCAUUCUCGGAACUCGGCGCGAGGACGUCCUCCGUUCACACGGAGGAGCACCAAGGCGCCGGCACGAAGACGAUCAACAUGUUCAGCAAGUUGCUCAGCCACAGCUCCAAGUUUGUCAUGGAGGGCGUCAAGAACCUCGUGCCCAAGGAGCACAAUCUGCCCUUGACAAAGGUGUG